GAGCCUACAACAUCUUCCUUGUCUUUGUUUCUCGUGUCACCGAUUAGAUCGAAAAAAUGAGUUGGUGGUGGGCUGGCGCCAUCGGAGCUGCCAAGAAGAAGUUCGACGACGAUGAACCUACAACACAAACCUACGAGAGCGUCGCACUAAUCAUCGGCGUCACCGGAAUCGUCGGAAACAGCCUCGCCGAGAUCCUCCCUCUCUCCGACACACCAGGCGGUCCAUGGAAAGUCUACGGCGUCGCUCGCCGUCCUCGUCCCUCCUGGAACUCCGAUCACCCCAUCGAUUACAUCCAGUGCGACGUCUCGAACCCCGAUGACGUCAGAUCCAAGCUGUCACCAUUAACCGACGUCACACACGUCUUCUACGUCACCUGGACAAACCGCUCCUCCGAGAAAGAGAAUUGCGAAGCCAACGGAACUAUGCUCCGUAACGUCCUCCGUGUAGUUAUCCCGAACGCGCGGAAUCUCCGACACGUUUGUCUCCAGACAGGGACGAAACACUACAUCGGUCCCUUUAGUGGUCUUGAGACGACUCAGUAUCAUGAUCCUCCGUUUACUGAGGAUAUGCCGAGGUUGAAGAUUGAGAAUUUUUAUUACACGCUUGAGGAUGUUCUGUUUGAAGAGAUUAAGAAGAAAGAGAGUGUUUCUUGGUCUGUGCAUAGACCGAACACUAUCUUCGGUUUCUCUCCUUAUAGUUUAAUGAACAUUGUGGGGACUUUAUGUGUCUACGCAGCGAUUUGUAAGCACGAAGGUUCUAAGCUGAUCUUCCCUGGGAGCAAGAAGGCGUGGGAAGGUUUCAGUACAGCUUCUGAUGCGGAUUUGAUCGCUGAGCAGCAGAUUUGGGCUGCGGUUGAUCCGUACGCGAAAAACGAGGCGUUUAACUGCAACAAUGAUGAUGUGUUCAAGUGGAAACAUCUGUGGAAGGUUCUUGCGGAGCAGUUUGGGAUAGAGGAGUAUGGGUUUGAGGAAGGGAGGAAUUUGGGUUUGGUGGAGAUGAUGAAAGGGAAAGAGAGGGUGUGGGAAGAGAUGGUUAAGGAGUAUCAGUUGGUGGAGAAGAAGCUUGAUGAAGUUGGUGUGUGGUGGUUUGUUGAUGUGAUACUUGGUGUUGAAGGGAUGAUUGAUAGUAUGAACAAGAGUAAAGAACAUGGGUUUCUUGGUUUCAGGAACUCUAACAACUCUUUUGUAUCUUGGAUUGAUAAGUACAAGGCUUUCAAGAUCGUGCCUUGA